AAGUACCCUUCCAGCAACCCUCGCAGAAGGUUAGUGUCCCCUCUACAUUGGCAAACCAGAUAUCAUCAGAGAUGACUGCGACAAAUCCGAUGGGCCGAGCGCCCUCCGUGCUGCUACAGACAGCGGUGAUUCACCUGUUAACUUUUAUAUCUCUACCGACACCAUUUUUUCAAACCGUCUCCGCUUCCGAACCUGCAGGAGCACGCAACUCCACGAGUCUUCCGCAGCUCCGAUUCCUGGGCCAUGGCGGUGACCGCACAGCCACGGCUGCGGAUCGCCAAGCCUUUGAGCAGACGGCGCAAAACAGCCUAGCGGCGCAGUUUUUGCGGUCGGUUGGCGGGAAGUGUGGUGUCUCUAUCAAAACGAAAUACGACCCCGGGUCGUUGUGCGCUAACGAGCCGUGGCGGGAGAGGUGCAAGAAGGGCGCCGUAACACCGUUGAAGCUGCGCAAAGCCGCACAGGCCGGCGGUCUGACCUGGCUGUACAACUGGGACGGCACCCUCAUCCCCGGCGGCCCCCACUCCGCCAGCGACGUGCACGCCGUGACGGGAGCGCAGUCCCCCGAUGCGUACCGGGACAACAAAUUGUUCUACGCGCCGAUGUUUUGGGGGGCGGGCAGCGGCGACCCGAGCGCGAAGAACUACGGCUUCGGGGCGGACGGCGGCGCGACGAAGGUGGCCAGCGUGGACGCGAGCACCAUUGCAGCGGGGAAUCUGGGCAAGGACUGCAAAUACAUCCUGCCCUUCGUGUUCGGGCAGAACGAACCGGACCACGACCCCUCGGCGGGCGGCUCCGCGAUGACCCCGGCGCAGGGGGUGGCGGAGUGGAAGGUCCAAACCAAGCGCGCCUACGAAACCGGGGGCUACAAGGAGUUUGUGGGCCCGCACGUCGCCUACGCACUGCCGCCACGGUACGGCAGCAACGUGUUCUCGGGAUAUAAAACAUGGUACGAGGACUUUCUGCUCCUGUUGGCUAACGACGCGUCUUCGCCCGGGUUUGGGGGCUUCGCGCACUGGAAGCAAACCAUUCACUACCUAGGGUACCACACCUAUCAGCCGACCUGCCAAAACGACGAAGGCGGGGCCCACGGGUACGCCAGCGUCUACGAGGAGUGGGACUACGAGUACCGAACCGGUAGCGUGAAAAAUCUCGCGAUCUGGUUUAACAAAAAUCACGGCUUCAACCUGCAGGGACUGUGGCUCACGGAGACAGCGCUGGGCCGCGGCAGUACCUACCUGAACUCGGCAGCAGCCUGCGCGCCGCGCGAAACGCAGAUGCACUACCUGGAGAAGAUUUUACCGCGGUACCUGAGUGACCCGUCGGUGAUCGGCAUUGCCUGGUUCAGCGCAGACGCGUUCCAGAGCGCCUACUACGAUCGGGACUCCACCUUGUGGAACAUGGAGACCGAGGAGCUGACGAACUUGGGGGCAAAAUACCUGCAAUUGUGUCGCGAGAACCAGGGCAGCGCAAUCCAAAACUACUGGACGCAGCGGGCGGUGGGAAGUGGCUCCACUCCGGCAACCUGCGUUCCAGCCGCGGCGACGCCAAGCCCGAGCCCA